AUGCUGCGUGCCCAGUACUCUGAGCUGAUCCAGCCUCGCAGCAUGGAGGGGCCGGGGCAGGACACACCCAAGAUGUCUGCGGGGCAGAUGCUGUUGGUGGCCUUUGAUGGCAUGUUCACUCAGCUGGAGACUGCCUUCGGACAGCUCACAGAGAAGCUGAGCUCACUAGAGCUGCCGCUGGCCUGGAGGAAGGUCGAUGUCCUGAGGGAGGCUCGAGCCACGCAGCUUCACUUCUUUGACAACCCGAGUCAGAGACAGCUCAUGGAGGAGGUGUUCUUCCUCAAGAGGCUGCAGACCAUCAGGGACUUCUUCAGGCUGUGUGCCUCCUUCGCUCAGACUCUGUCUGGUACCUGCCCCCCCCCUGAGGAUCUGAUGCCUACAAAUGGCCCUAUUGCUCUGGGUAAGCCUCUAUACCGGCGGCCCAGUGCCUCAGGGCCAGGCGUGGCGGUGGUGAGCGAGGAGCAGAUGAUCCGCCCCAUCAAGGCCUUCACGGCGGAGUUUGUCCGGCAGAUGCUGAUGGGUCUGUCGGGCCAGGCUCUGGGUCUGGCCCUCUGCAGCACCCUGUCGGCUCUCGGCCUCGACGUGGUGGCUCAGGUGGAGGCCAAAGACUUCGGAGCAGAGAACAAGGUGCCUCUGGAUGAGCUGUGUAAGAAGGCGGUGGAGCAGAGCCUGGCGUCAGGGCGGGUCCCCCAGCUGCUGCUGAACAGGGCCACGGUGCUGGCCUCCUCCUACGACACGGCCUGGAAGAAGGUGGACCUGCUGAGGAGGCUGGACGCAAACCUGAAGGCCGCCAAGGCCAGCCUGCAGAGGAGCCAGCUGCACAUCGCCAUGUUCCAGUGGCAGCAUGAGGAUGUUCUGGGCCCCAACAACCAGCCUCUGAGUGUCAGCAUCCCCCCGCGCUCCGUCAUCCUCAGCAACAUGAAGAAGAAACUCUACAAGCUGAGUCAGGAUGAGGGAUCCAUCGUAGCUAUUCAGGAAAAGCUGGCGGCACUGGAGGCGAGCAUCGAGCAGCGCCUGAAGUGGGCGGGGGGGGCCAACCCAGCGCUCGCCCCUGUCCUGCAGGACUUUGAGAUGACCAUCAGGGAGAGACGCGCCAUGGUGGCCCGAGAGAACCAGCGCACCAGCCAGGUCACCUUCUUGUGCUCCACCAUCCUGAACUUUGAAGGCCUCCGGACCCGCUCCCCCGAAGCUCUGAACAUGGACGCCGCUCUGUUUGAGCUGCUGAAGCGCUGCCAGCAGACCUGCUCAUACGCAGCCCAGUUCAGCAGCACUGUGUCUCCACUGGAGCUCCAGCUGCUGCACCGACUGGUGGGUGACCUCCGACCUGCACACAGGCUGUAUACUGAGCUGCAGGAAUGAGUCGUGAAACCUGGAAAUUAGUUAACAUUUUACCUCUUCCGGUUCCCUCUACUCUUUUUAAGCGUUUUUGGUUAGAUUCCUGGAAUAGGGUCUGUGGUUAAUACAAGCCGAAGAGAUAUUUAUGUUUCGCUCUACAGCAUAAAACACAUCAGUAAAUACUGGUGAAUCUCUGAUUAUAGUUGACCAAAUUUUUUGCCAAGUUUUGGCAAUGUG